CCGAUGCGGUGAUAAAGCAAGAUGGCGUCUGACGGAGAAGUCCUAAACGCGGGCAUUAUAUUUCUGUAUUCUUACAUAUAUGUUGUUUAAUAGAGUACACACGGUUAAUAAUUGUUUGUAGCCGGAUACAUUAGUCUGAGCGCACUUUGACACUUCUCCUGUUUGCCAGCUUCAUUUAAGGUAGCUUGCAGCUAGUUUAGCUGGCUAGUUAGCUUAGCUUGUUAGCUGCUAACAAAGAGACGCGGAAGUUAUUUAAACAUCGCUAAGUAGGGAACUAAUGUGAGUGUAAAGUGUUGUGAUUGUGUAAAAAUGUGCGAAAGAACGAUGGCAAAGUAUGAGGAGGAAUUGUGUCCAACAAAAGAGGAGAAGGAGCGACAACAUCAACUACUGGAUGUUUAUUAUAAGAAACAUCAUCAAGUUGUGUUACACAGAACAGACGUCUGUGAAGAACAACUUCUGCCUGAAAAACAGGAGUGUAGCUACAGGAUGGGGAAGGAGGAUUCAUCAAAGAGGAAGACCAAGCGCCACGGACCCUCUGGCGUCUCAUUUUCCUCUUUGACACAGACCCUUUCCUGUAAAAAGGAGGAGGAAGACUCACUGACCCCCCACAUUAAAGAUGAAGCGAUGGAACACAACAUCAGUCAGGAGGGAGAUCAUCUUGAAGGACUGGUGGAGUUCCCAGUGACUGGUGUCCCUGUGAAGAGUGAAGAUGAUGAGGUCAAAGGUGAAAGUGAGGAGAAAAGGGAGGCGGAGUCUCCAAGCAGCAGCUCAACACAACACAUGACAACAGAAGCUGAUGGAGACCACUGUGGAGGAUCACAAGCAGACAAGCUCUUAGCUCCACUAUCAGAUAGUGAGGACACAACGUCACACUCUCCUGACACUGAUGAUGAAGACUCUAAAGAUGAUAAGACAUGUCACACUGACAACACUCACUUGAAAUGUUCUCACUGUGACAAAACCUUUAAAUACCAUUGUCAUCUGAAAACACACAUGAGAAGACACACUGGAGAAAAACCUUUUAUAUGUUCAAUAUGUGGUACAGGUUUUGUACAAAAUCGGUAUUUAAAAGUGCACAUGAGAACACACACUGGUGAAAAAACUUUUUCCUGUUCAAUCUGUGGUAAAUGUUUUGUUCUCAGUCACAAUUUGAAAGUGCACAUGACAACACAUACUAGUGAAAAACGUUUUUCCUGUUCAACAUGUGGUAAAGGUUUUACACAAACUCAAUAUUUGAAAAGACACAUGAGAACACACACUGGAGAAAAACAUUUUAUCUGUUCAACCUGUGGUAAAGGAUUUACACAAAGUCAUAAUUUGAAAGUACACAUGAGAACACACACUGGAGAAAAACCUUUUUCCUGUUCAACCUGUGGUAAAAGUUUUACACAAAGUCAUGAUUUGAAAGUACACAUGAGAACACACACUGGUGAAAAACCUUUUUCUUGUUCAAUCUGUGGUAAAAGUUUUACAGAAAGUCAGAGUUUGAAAAAACACAAGAGAAUACACACUGGUGAAAAACCUUUUUCCUGUUCAAUCUGUAACAGAAGCUUUUGUGACCAAUCAAACCUUGUAGCACACAUGAGAACACACCCAAGAGAGAAAGUGUUGAGUUGCAGUGUGUGUGGUGAAAGAUUCUCUUAUAAGUACCAGUGUAAGAAACACAAGUGUGCUGGUGAGAACAGCAGCAGCAAAUGAAACUGCAGGAUUUGAAAUAAACUGUCAAGACUUUAAUUUUGACUUUCUAACAACAUCAGCACAUAUAACAUGUGUGACAUUGUUGUUUGUGUAACAAUCUUUUCAAUAUGCUUCUUAAUAUAUUAUUGCUUUUUUCAGUCAAGUACGUGCAUUAGUAUGCAAUCAAAGUUUGGAGUGUCAGGCAAAAGCCAAUAUUGUACAUCACCCCACAGAGAUUUACUGUGCAUUUAUUCAAUUUGUUUCCCUAUCACAGAACGAAAAAGUGUUGUCUUCAAUUGCAAAGCAUCCUAAAAAUAAAUUUUAGCAGUCAA